AGAAAUAUUAGGCCUGGCCCACCCAGGUAAACUGUUAAUAAGAUGAAGCUAGGGUUUACGAAACAAACGCAUAAAAGUUUGAGGACGAAGCGAGUCAAGUCGCCGACCAAAUCUUUAUCAUCCAUCCCAGGAAGGUGACUGCCUAGCUAAUAAUCACCAAACAUGUCAGGGGAAGAUGCAAUUGUGGAAACUCCAGCUCCAGCAGCAGCACCAGCUCUAGGCGAGCCCAUGGAUAUCAUGACAGCCUUGCAACUUGUGUUGAAAAAAUCACUUGCACAUUCUGGACUAGCCCGUGGGCUACAUGAAGGCGCAAAAGUGAUUGAGAAGCAUGCUGCUCAGCUUUGUGUGCUUGCUGAGGAUUGUAACCAGCCUGAUUAUGUGAAAUUAGUGAAAGCACUUUGUGCUGAUCACAAUGUCAGUUUGAUUUCAGUUCCAAGUGCAAAAACUCUUGGAGAGUGGGCUGGUUUGUGUAAGAUUGAUUCUGAAGGCAAUGCUCGGAAGGUAGUUGGAUGCUCGUGUGUUGUUGUGAAGGAUUAUGGAGAAGAAAGUGAAGGGCUCAAUACAGUUCAAGCGCAUGUGAAGGCCAACUAAAGACUGUUGAACUUCAAGAUUGUUUUUGUUUACGAGACUCUUGACUUCUAUAGACAGACACAUUGUUUUCUGUCGAUUUCAGUGUACUGGGGAUGGGAAUUUUCUUCCGUUUUAUUCGCACUGUGCUCGUACAUUUGAUGUGGUAAUUUAUCCGCCCCACUACCGGAAAAUUUGCCUUCA